UGGUGUAUCUCACUCGACAAUUUCAACCAUUUGGAAAGAAAGGGAGAAAAUUCAAAUCCUUUACGACAAGAAUUUUUUGAAAAUGAAACGAGCCAGAACAACGCGGCAUACGAAGAUUGAGGAAGCUUUGUUAAAGUGGUUUAAAUAUCAAAGGACAAAUAAUGUGCCAAUAAAUGGACCAAUUCUUCAACAAAAAGCAAACGAUUUUGCUCAACGUUUUGGUGAAGAUUUUGUUUGCUCGUCUAGUUGGAUUCAACGUUUCCGGGCUCGACAUGGCAUUGUCGGCGGGAAAAUGAGUGGUGAAGCUGCCAGUGUGGAUAAAGAUGCUGUAGACGAAUGGAUUACGCAAAAGUGGCCUAAAUUAUGCGAAGGCUACAGUCCAGAAGACAUUUAUAACGCAGACGAAACCGGACUUUUUUACAAUAUGACACCAGACAGGACUUUAAAAUUCAAAGGAGAGAAUUGUUCGGGAGGAAAAAUGUCCAAGACGAGACUAACGAUCAUGGUUGCAGCAAAUAUGACAGGAUCCUGUAAAAGGAAGCUUUUAGUUAUUGGGAAAUCUAAGAAACCACGAUGCUUUAAACACAUACGCUCACUGCCGGUAACGUAUGAAAACAAUGUGAAGUCAUGGAUGACAUCGGAAAUUUUUGAAAAAUGGUUACGAAACUGGGACGCUGAAUUAAAAGCAAACAAUAAGAAAGUUCUUCUUUUAGUUGAUAAUUGUCCUGCUCAUCCGGCUGUUACUAAUCUGAAGUGUAUUAAACUCGUGUUCUUACCACCAAAUUUUACAUCUGUACUGCAACCUAUGGACCAAGGUGUAAUAAGAUGUUUAAAAUCUCAUUAUAGAAGACUGCAAGUGUUAAAGUUAAUACAAAGCAUUGACAGUAAUAAUCAGAACAGCUUUACGGUUCUUGAUGCCAUCUUGAUGAUAUCCGAAGCAUGGGAAAAAGUUUCACAUACUAUAGCUAACUGCUUUGGGCAUGCAGGUUUUAAAGAUCUUACAAGUCUUAUAACAAGAACCUCAGAUGAUGUGAUUGACGACGAUGAAGAGGACAAUAUUUCUUUGGCUCAAUUAGCCUAAAAUUUACGACCUGCUUUAUCUACUACUGAAACAGACGAGUUCAUUGAUGUAGAUCAGUCUAUUGCAAUUUGUGCACCAGCUGCGGAGGAUGAUAUUGUACGUGAAGUUCAAGAGGAAAAUGAAAAUGAACAGGAAGACUCGGAAGAACAAUUUACAGUGCCAACUUUGAUUGACAGUCUCAAUGCUGUUAGUGUAUUACGAAAGAUUGUUCUUUUUAAUGAAGAGUUCCACAUGCAGGGAAAUUGUGACGAUACGCUGAUUAAAUCCAACGUGAAUUACAAAAUGUGUAUGCACGACAGAAGUGUUUCAAACAAACUAAAAUUACAGAUUGUAUGCAUACAAAAAUGA